AGGAGCGGAGGUCCAGAGUGCAGCUGUGGGCUAGCGGGAGAGGAUGGUGGGUUCUGGCUUGGCAGCCUGGCACUCCUGAAAAAUUGGGAUCCAGGUGGCAAAGGGAUAGAUGGAUGGCUCCAAGACCAGUCUUGGUUUCCUCGUUUUGCUUUCGAUGGUCUUGUUCAGCGGAACGUCCAGCGACGCUCAUUCUCUUUCCUAUAAUUUCACCAUCGAUCCUCAGCCCAGAGAUGAUCAGCCAUGGUGUGAGGUUCAAGGAGAAGUUGACCAAAAGGUCUUUCUCUCCUAUGACUGUGGUACAGCUAAGAUCAAGUACAUGAGUCCAUUGGGAGAGGAAGUGAAAAGUAUGAAUGCCUGGGAAGCACAGACUGUCACACUCAGAGACACUGGAGACUUGCUCCAGGGGCAGAUGCCUGACGUUACACCGGAGAAUCACACAGACAAGGGCCCUCUGACCCUGCAGGCCAGGAUGACAUGCUGGCGUGAAGACAAUGGACACACCAGUGCAUCCUGGGAGUUUGGCUUCAAUGGACAACUGUGCCUCCUCUUUGAUUCGGAGAAUGGACACUGGACAGUGGUUCAUCCUGGAGGGAGACAGAUGAGAGAGAAAUGGGAGAAUGACAGGGCUGUGACCGACUUCUUCAGGAAGGUCUCCAUGGGAGCCUGUCGGGCCUGGCUUCAGGCUUUCUUAGUGCGCUGGGAGAAAAUGCUGAAGACCUCAGUACCACCGACCACAGUCCCCACUACAGUGCAGCCCACGGCCCCAGCCAGCAACCACAUAACCAAGAUCGUCCUUGUGGUUCUCGCCGUUUUUGUCAUAAUAAGCAUCGUAGCCUGGAUCCUUUACAAGAAGAGGAGACGGUGCUCCCAGGAAGCACGGCAGGUGCUCUGUUGUCCUGAGGACUCAGUCUUUCCUUGGCUGCCUUUGUUUUCCUGGGUUCACUUUAGAGGCAAGAGAUGAGACCCAGGAAUUCGGAGCCUGCCUUCCUGUUAUGAUGACAAGGUGGCUGCACUGUUACUCCAGGUGUUUCUUGACUUCCUACUUUUGCA